AUCAAAAUUUGGAUUUCUUGUCAUCUAAAUGUCAUUUUAGGCCAAAAUUUGCCCAAAAAUUAAAACUACUUUAUUUUCGACAAAAUUUGGCUCAAUUAACAAGAAAAGUAUGCUGAACAUGAUGGUAACUUCAAAAUUUGGAUUUUUUGUCACCUAAAUGUCAUUUUAGGCCAAAAUUAGCCCAAAAAUUAAAACUACUUUAUUUUCGACAACAUUUGGCACAGUUAACAAAAAAGGUAUACUGAACAUGAUAGUGACAUCAAAGUGUUAAUUUUUUGUCACCUAAAUGCCGUUUAAGACCAUAAACGUUUCAAUCGCGCCACUGUAACCAUGAAUGAUAGGCUGUAUUUUUUGUUAGCAGAAAUUGUAGAAUUGGGUCGCAUUGUCGAUGUUUCAUAGUUGUGCAUUUUUAAUAGCGAGAUAGUUUAUGCAGCGCCUGCAUCUUGUUUACAUUAAUAACCAUCAACUUUAGAUAAAAAAAAAGUCAUUCGUCGUCAAUACUAAAAGCAUGUCCAUUGAAAUCCUCUUGUACAGUAGCAACACGAAAAAAUUGGCGGAUGGCGAAAAAGUUAAUUUUGGCGGGGAAUUUAAUUUGGCAGGCACCGCCAAAUUUUCAUUCUACCAAAAUCUCUGCCCUUAGGUAUCAAAUGAUAUAAAAACGUUUUAUCAUUAUAAAAUAUUUUUUAGUGUCAUGGCAUAUUUGAAAAGAUACAGAAAAAAUAUUGCUGAAGUGAACAAACUUGCAAGAAGCAGUGAUAGCGAUGAUGCAGUUGAAACUCACAGGGAAGGGGGAAAUCAAAUUUUUGAAGAGUGUUACAUUGAAAGCAAUUCAUGUAGCAUGGACUGUGAUAUUGACUCAACUGAUACUGUAAAUGACAGUGGCAGUAGUAGUGAUGAAGAGUGGUUAAGUGAUGCAAUGGGAAACAUCACAUUAUCGGAAGAACUUGCGUCAUGGGCAGUGCGAAAUAGAGUUACAAGAAAUUCUGUUAAUGAACUUUUGGACAUCUUGAGAAAAAAUGGGCAUACUCUCCCAAAAGAUAGUCGCACUCUUCUCAAGACACCAAGAAACGUGAACACAGAUUCAAUCUGUGCGGGAAAAUAUGUUUACUUGGGCAUAGAAAAUGGAAUAAGACGAAUGCUUCUUAACAAUCCGAACAUCACCGUAACAGAAUAUAUCAAGCUUGCAAUAAAUAUAGAUGGAAUACCUUUAUAUAAGUCAUCAAGCACCCAAUUUUGGCCAAUUCUAGGUCAAUUUGAAUAUGCAACACCAUUUGUGAUAGCACUUUUUUGUGGCAAUAGCAAACCAACACCUGUUGAAUACUUUUGCCAUGAAUUUCUGGAAGAGCUGCAUAAACUUCGAAGUGAUACCAUGAUCGUAAAUGAUAUUGAUGUACGAGUGGCUUUGCACUUUUUCACUUGCGACGCCCCAGCAAGGCAAUUUUUAAAAGGCAUAAAAGGCCAUACAGGAUACGACGGUUGUGAACGUUGUACUGUUGCUGGAGAGUAUAUCGAAGGUCGGAUAAUCUUUAAUGACAUUGAUAAAAAUCCCCGUACUGACGCUGGUUUUCUAAAAUAUGAGUACAAAAAACACCAGCUCAAAUUAAGCCCCCUGAUACAGUAUAACAUAUGUUGUGUUACAGACUUUGUUUUAGAUUACAUGCAUUUGGUAUGUCUAGGGGUCGUUAAACGUCUACUGAAUUUCCUGAUUAAAGAUGGUCCAAGACUAUGCAAAUUAUCCAGAAAUCAAAUAACGUUAAUUUCCAGCAAGUUGGUUCAGCUAAAUGGUACACUUCCAUCUGAAUUUGUUCGUCAACCACGAUCACUGAACGAAUUCUGCAGAUGGAAGGCCACAGAAUUUAGACAAUUCUUACUAUUCACAGGGCCAAUUGUAUUAAAAGGUAUAUUGUCAAAGGAAGCCUUUACUCAUUUCCUAUCAUUAUCAAUUGCUAUCAAAAUCAUGUUGGAAUCUAAUGGUGGUAUCAGGUCUGCUUACUUGAAUUAUGCUCAUCAACUUCUGGAAUAUUUUGUGACAAAUUCACAAGAAUUUUAUGGAAAUUAUUUCUGCUCAUACAACGUGCAUAAUUUAAUUCAUCUAUCAUCUGACGUCGAGAAAUUCAACUUGCCCUUAGAUGCCAUGUCGUGCUUUCCAUUUGAAAAUUACUUGCAAAUUCUUUUUUAUGUGCUUACAGACUCAUCCAUCAUGUCACCAGAAGUCAGACCAUUGAUACAACAUCAAAACACAACACCAACACAUACACCACCAAAUAGUUUAAAGAGGAAGCAUGUCAGUCCAGUAAGACAAACACCAUCUGGAUCACAGAAUGCAGGUGGAAGUUCUGGAAACGAUCCCUUUCCUAUGUCGACAGGAAAGUUUCAGAAGAGGGUAUUGUAUCUCCUAACCGAUAUCAGGAAUUUGUUGGGAAGACAAAAUGAAAAAGCAGCAGAGCCGGACACAGCUCAACCACAGGAGCCAUUUGAACUGCUAAAGAGUGUUCAAGAGCUAAUAGAGUUUGAGGAGACAUUAAAAGACAAGUCAAACUAUGAUAGAUUGCUAUCCCAGUUAUCAAGAGUUGGUGGCUCAAAAAUUCGCGAAAAUGUGAAAAAUGUUCUGUUAAAGUGAGUCAAAGCAUAAGUACCCCUUAGAGAAUUUAAAAUGUACUAACCUUUGUUGUGUAGUUUACAGUGGUAGUGGAAAAUCACUUUGUUGUGCCCACAUGCUUCGUUUCAUCUUCUCCAUAAAAAAAUCGUGCACGAGGUCCAAGAAUUAUUUAAUUGAAUGAAUAGUUUACGGAAUGCGGCCCCGCAGCCUAAUGGACUCGCAACUAUAUAUUAAAUGCGCUUACGAUGUCGAUUGUUUUACUUUUAUUCCACUUUCAUUAUAGAAUCAUGAAUAAUGAAGUAAUGUCGGCACUCAACAUGAAAGGGAAGGGAAAAAGUGAAAAGGUUGGGUUUGCAAGGAUGAACUUAUAUAAAGCUGUUGUCGGUUAGUAAAAAAAUCCUAUUCCUAAUAUUCAAUUUAUAUAUGUGCUUGUAAGCGUUUUAGUUUGUUGUUGUUAAUUUAUUUAUUGUCGGUUAAAAUAUGUACAAAUAAAUACAAUAGCUCUUAUUAAAGUGCUAAUCCAAACCGACAAGUUUGUAUUAAGUUUUUCCCGCCAUUUCGAGGGGUCGACGUUCAGGGGGAAAAAUACACAUUAAUCUGAGGAAAUCUAUUUGUCCAGCUGUUGUACUGUAAACUACCUCCAUCAAUAUGUGAUAAGAAUUUUGUUACGUUGUAGAAACUGUUAUCAAACAUCAAAAGAAUGCGACAGAAGGAGAAGUUCGUGCGUGUACGGCAUCAAUCCUUAAAUAUGCACCUGAUAGAUGUGGAGGAGCGGGAAGAACUAAUGCCGAAGAAAAUUAAAUCGAUUAAUUUUUAAAUAAUUUACAACUUUUAUAUCAGAGAGGAUUAUAAAUUUUUCAAGCGCCGUAAUAAAUUCUUCUAGCUUAUAUUAAUUUUGAUUGGGUGGCAGAAAAUUAGAAUGGCAAAAUGUUAAAGUGAUUUUAGCUCAACAAUUUUUAGUGUUUCUACUAGAGAUCGGACUUGUGACUAGUAAAAGUAUGGAAUAUGCAUGAGUGGGUGCUUUUUUUAAGGAAAUACAGUGCUAAUAUAAUAUUCAUUAUAUUUUUAUUGUAAUUUUCAACCUCGAUUCCUGGACUUCUUGCACCUGGUGAGGACGGUGGCUUUUCACACUUUUUAUAAAGUAUAGCAUCAUGAUCGUAUUUAUUCGCAUCUGGUAUCCUUAACAAACACCCUUGUAUUCAACUCUGACUUCAUUAAGAAAACAUACUUUUUCUCUAACCAAUGCUUGAUUAAAGACUUCGGUGCAACAGUUUUGCUUGACACUUUAGGUGAUUUGAGCAUACUAACAGGCUGCCUUAUCAGGAGGCGUGCCUGGCACAUGAAAUCGCAGCUAUAAAUUUGCAAAUACUGCACGUUUAACAACCUCGUCAUUGCUGCGUUACAUUUUUUGCAUUGGGUUGGAACGCUGGAGAUUCUCACAUAGUACCAGUUGUGAAUACUUGAAAUAUCGUUUUUAUAUUUUGUAUUAUAAAACUCCGUUAAGUUUCAUUUAGGAAGUUUUCAGCGGAGAAGUUGUAUAUACUGCCGAUGUUUAUAAUAAAAAAAUGACAUAUCGUAGAAA